AAAAAAUGGUUAACACACCCAUUCCUAGUAACCUCAAAUCUGAAGCUAAGAAAGCAGCCAAGAUCUUGCGGGAAUUUACAAUUCCGAAUACUAAAGUAGGACCAGAUAAAAUUAUACCAGCUGGACUUGUGACCAAUGCUAAAGGACUUGCCAUCCUUUCUGUAGCUAAGCUUGGAUUCCUCAUCACCGCACGCGCAGGAAGUGGAAUUGUAAUAGCUAAGUUGGAUGACGGAAAAACAUGGUCUGCCCCUACAGCUAUAGGCAUUGCAGGGUUAGGAGGAGGUUUCGAAAUAGGAGCUGAGGUGACUGACUUUGUGAUUAUAUUGAACAAACAAGAAGCAGUAGAUGCAUUCUCCAAGGGAGGCAAUCUUACCCUGGGGGGAAACUUCACAAUUGCUGCAGGACCAAUAGGUCGUAAUUUGGAGGCAGACGUGGCACUCCGCAGUCCUGCUGCCAUCUAUACUUACUCCCGUACCAAGGGCUUAUUCGCAGGGAUCUCAAUAGAGGGCAGUGCUCUUAUUGAAAGAAAAGAAACUAAUAGGAAAUUUUACCAAGACGCCACAAUAAGAUCCUACGACAUUCUCAGUGGUAAAGUUGACCCUCCUAAUACCUGUGAGGAGCUGUAUAAGGUCUUAGAUGAACAUGACAGUAUGUUCAAGAAGGCAGCACUGGCCUAUGCCAAGAGGGAGGCUAUGAAGGAAGGACAGAAGCAAUAUGAUAAAAGAGGAGGGAUAACUGGGAUCGUUAAGGGCAUCGGUCGCAGAGGGAGCACAAAGUCAGAAAAAUCUAGCUACAAUGAUGAAAAGUCCAGUUACGAUGAUGACAAGUACAGCUACAAUGAUGAAAAGUACAAUGCUGAUAGCAGUGAUGAUGAGAGUUAUAAACAAGGGGCAACUGGUUACUCAAUGGCAGCUUCUACAUCUGAUUACUCCAUGUCAUCGAAGUACUCACGCAGUAACGACUCUCAAUCAAAACCCAGCUACAACAGCUCAUAUGACAUCAGCGAUUCUCAGAAACGGAAAGAGGCAUUUGGUGGAGCUAAACCCAAGACAGGAAGUUCAAUACCUCGUUCUCAGAGUAUGAGUAUACCCGUCAAACCCAAACACAGUCCUGUGAAGAAACGAGAGGCUGCUAAAGAUAGAUUCUCAGGUUCCAAUGCAAAGGUGCAUAAGGUGCGUGCAAUAUGGUCAUAUGUGGGUCAACUACCAUGUGAUUUGACAUUUAAACCAGGGGAUGAGAUUUUGGUGCUAACUGAUACAGGUCGUCAGAACGACUGGUGGGAAGGGACUCUUAAUGGACACACUGGGAUAUUCCCUGCUAACUACUGCAAAAAGAUAUACACCUGAUAUUCAGCUAUUAUGCUUCAUGAUAGGGGAAUUAGACCUCAUGAUAUGAGAUAUAAAGAUACUGCAAGAUAUACACAUCAUGCUUCAUGAUAAGUGACUUAGACCUCAUGAUAGGGGAAACAAGUUUUAUAUUGUAAGAAGAAAUACAGCUUUUGCUCAAACCUUCAUGAUAGGGGACUAAACUUUGACAAGGGAACAAAUCUAUUGGACAUCGAAACCUCAUGGCUCAUGAUAGGGGACUAAAAAGCCAACAUUCCAUGUUAGAUCUGUAGGUAAACUCAGACCUAAUGGCCAAUUAUUUUUCUUGGAAUCUGUUUAUUGUAUCUUGACUUAUUGUAUCUUGGUUUGUUGUAUAUUGGUGCUUCAAACUUAUUUACAUAGUAACGGUUCUACAAAGGUGACUUUAAAGUUUGCAAAAGUUAACUUUGAAAAAUGGACUGAAUAUAUUACAUCUUGUAUUGGAUCAAUUUUGUAAUACAUUGGCAUUCCAAAAUACAAAGAAUGUGAUAAUUGUUACAAAAUUAUCUGGUUUUACAUGGGCCAACAAGGAGGAUUGGCUCCCAUGAUCGAAACUCGAUAUUUUCCAA